CUCUUUUUGUGAUUAAGCUUCUGGGUAUCUCUGCAUGUAUGUUUUAUCAAUGGAAUCUACCAAAAAGUUCUGUUUUUUGCAAAGAUUUCAUAAGGAAAAGUCAUGAUUUUUGAGUCUCUCUGUUAUUUCUCCGUUGUAAAUGAAUGUGAUUGGUUUAGGGUUUAGCAGUAGAUUCUUGUCUGCUCUGUGUUUUCAUAUUCUUGAUUCCGACUUAAUUUUGAACCAAAGUGUUGUUUCUAUUUGAAACAAGAAAACGAAGAGCCAACAAAAGCCCUAGAGAGAGCAAUUAAGGAAGAAGAUUCACUUGAAAUAGUUUGAUUUAGGGUUUUAAAAUCAAUUCUCUAGGCAACUAAAGACUCUUGAUUUGGUUGUUGUUUGUAACAGGACAGUGCAGCGAUUGUUAUAAAGCAACCAAAGAAAUCACCAUUAUUCUUAAGGAUGAUUGUUUUAGUGUUUGCUAUGGUUUGUGGUCUCUACAUUUGCGCUGUUUGCUUAAAACAGUUAAGUAAUGUCAGCUUCCAAACCUCCCAACUUGUCCAAACUAGUCCUAUUGAUUCUCACUCGCUACGCUUUGUUACUCGGAUUCAUUAUCCAAAGCCUCAGACUUUUAAUAGAGCUGAAUGUGGACAUAAUCCGGUGAGGUACUUUGCGAUAUUGUCGAUGCAGAGAUCAGGAAGCGGUUGGUUCGAAACAUUGUUGAAUAGUCAUAACAAUGUGAGUUCUAAUGGAGAGAUUUUCUCUGUUUUGGAUCGAAGGAAAAACAUUUCUUCAAUCAUUCAGACUCUUGAUAGAGUUUAUAAUCUUGAUUGGUUUACGAGUGCUUCAAAGAACGAAUGUUCUGCUGCUAUUGGUUUCAAAUGGAUGCUUAACCAGGGUUUGUUGGAGAACCAUAAAGACAUAGUAGAGUACUUUAACCGAAGAGGCGUCUCUGCGAUAUUUCUGUUUAGAAGGAAUCCUUUAAGAAGAAUGGUUUCUGUGUUGGCAAAUUCUUAUGACCGUUAUGCUAAGCUUUUGAAUGGAACUCAUAAGUCUCAUGUUCAUUCUCCUGCAGAGGCAGAUGCACUUUCUAGAUAUAAGCCGGUAAUCAACUCGACAUCGUUGAUCCACGAUUUACAAGAAACAGAGAAUUCAGCUGCAAAGGCUUUAGAAUAUUUCAAUACCACUCGUCAUAUUGUUGUCUUCUACGAAGAUCUCAUAACAAAUCAAACGACAUUGAAACAAGUUCAAGAGUUUUUGAACAUUCCAGUGAAGGAUUUGUCAAGCAGACAGGUGAAAAUACAUAGAGGAGAUUUGUCAGAUCAUAUAAAGAAUUGGGAAGAUAUAAACAAGACUUUGAAUGGGACUGAGUACGAGAAAUUUCUACGAGCUGAUUAUUAGUGUUUUAAACUAUCUUAGUGAAAAAAAGGUCUUCUAAGUUUGAAGCUUUUCUACUUCUUAGGUUCUUCGGCUCAACUACUUGUUGAUCUUUUCCUUUAUCAUCUUCUAUUUUUGUUAUCUUUUUAGCACAUAAAUGAUUUUGUUUUCUUCUCAUUGGAUGUAUAGGAGGAACUGGAAAACUGUAUUGCUUAUUUUUAGAGGUUUGUUUUGUGAUUGUUGAUUUGAGUUAUGAUCUGUUCUUACAUUCUGAUGUACUUUUUUCACUAUUUCAUAGAUGAUGAAAUGGGCCUUGAAAUUA